AUGCCAGCAAAUCAUCACGCUCUUCAACAAUGGCUGGGCGAGGUAAUCCAAACCGUUGAAGACCAAGAGAAACCCCUGCACCCUGUGUUGGAAGACUUUCAACAGCUCAUCGAAAAAAACACACGAGUAUACAUGCUCUUGACUUCGAUGUUCAACGAAGUCCCCAGACAGAAGCGAUAUGGCCACGAUCCAACAGGCAACCCAGAGAUCCGUGAUUAUCACCAUUUCUUACGUGUCUUGAACCACCUACUCACCACUGCACCCUCAUGGAAUGACAAAUCCCACCGCGUCGGUCUGGUCGGUCUUCCUAUCAACGCCGUGCUUGACUGGCCCAUGGGCACACCGAGCGGUUAUGCCGCCUUCCUCGAUCCUGAAAUCAAUCAAAUGAUCAAGAAAGUCUUGAAUGUCUGGGGCGAGUACUUACGCUCUCCCGCUUCCGCUGAUGUACUGAGUGACUCCACCAAUGGGUGGUUCGGCGAAAGCGGGCGUCAGGAUCUAACGGUCGUUGCAAGCAUUGGGCCUGUCGCGGCGAAAAGCCUACAAUUCCAUGACUUAUUCGAGUGUGAUCCUUCAGCACCCAAUCACGGGUACAAAUCGUGGGAUGACUUCUUCACGCGUGUAUUCAAAGACGGAAUCCGCCCCAUCGCAGAACCGGAGAAUAGCAAGGUGAUUGCUAACGCGUGCGAGUCGAGACCGUAUCGAACUUCGUUCAAUGUGAAAGCCCGUGAUGAAUUUUGGAUUAAGAGUCAGCUGUACUCUGUUCUAGAUAUGCUGGGUCAUGAUCCCCUUGCGAAACAUUUUGUGGGUGGUACGGUUUAUCAGGCGUUUCUCAGUGCGUUGAGCUACCAUCGCUGGCAUGCCCCUGUUAGCGGGAAGGUUGUGAAGGCUUAUGUGGUUGACGGGACGUAUUAUUCUGAACCGCUCUUUGAAGGUGUUGGGGACCCGGGCUCCAAGCAUCAUGACAUUGAUGUUGGGGCUCAGGUUACUUCGCAGGGAUACAUUACCGCCACUGCCACGCGCGCGCUCAUUUUUAUCGAGGCGGAUGAGCCAGCUAUUGGGCUGAUGGUGUUUAUUGGGGUUGGUAUGGCAGAGGUUUCAACGUGUGACAUCACUGUCAAGGAAGGGGAUCAAUUAAAAAAGGGAGAUCAGCUUGGGAUGUUCCAUUUCGGUGGCUCGACCCAUUGUCUCCUGUUCCGGAAGGGUGUGAAUGUCUCUGGAUUCCCAGAACCUGGUAUGGAGGAUAAUGUGCCUGUUCGAAGCAAACUUGCAGUUGUAUCGUGA